AUGCGAUGUAUGUCAAACUAGGUUCAGUUCCACACAUGAAACGUUUGUAAACAUUAAAAUUUGUUUCUUUUUGCGUGUAAUUGAUUUCAAUUGAAGUAAAAAGGGAAAAAUGUCGGGAUCAAGUGAGGAAGAUGACUAUAUGUCCGAUGCAUUUCUGGCCAAAACCAUUGAGACAGAUGUGCGUCCCGGUUUAGUUUGUGAUCACAAAAUAGCACGACGCCUCAAAUUGGAAGAAGAAAAGCAAAAAUUAGAAGAUGAACAAAAAGUCAAACAAAAACCAGUGAGGCAAUUGGAGGCUGAACGUCGAGAGGAAGGUUUGAGUGCUGCUAUUUCAUCGGAUAAUAAAGGAUUUGCCAUGCUCGCAAAAAUGGGAUACAAGCAAGGUGAUGCAAUUGGUCGUUCGUCUAGUGGAAUUGUAGAACCGAUUUCCAUUCAAGUGAAGAGUAACCGCGCCGGUUUGGGCCGAGAGACAGCUAUAAAACAGUUGGAAGAGUACAAAGAAAGGUUACGCAAGGCAAAAAGUGAGCAAAAUACCGAAACAAGUACUACAUCAUUACACGAAUUCAGACAACGUAUGGCGCAAAAGAAUGUCGGGAAACAGUUGGAAGCAGACCUAUGUAAAUGCCAGCGAGCAUGCGAAAAACUGGAUCUGGAUGCUUCAAUUGAAACACCAAUUAUGGCAUUUUUCUGGCCUGUUCGCAAAACGGGUGAACUCACUGAAACACAAGAGGAUCCAUAUGAUGAAAAUGUACCGCAAAAACCGAAAAAACCACGAAAAGAGUCAACGAGUAGUGAGGACAGUGAAAAACCAAGUACGAAACAUUUCGGUUUUAUGCCCGGCAGUAGCAGUGAGUCAAGCAGCUCUGAAUCCGAAGAAGAGGAACCAACUCGGAAAAUUGAAGAAAUACCUGCUGAAUCGAUUAAUGAUGAAGAAGACGAAUAUGAGACGUCGGAAAAGGUUGAAAUGUUGACGACUUACCUUCGAACCACAUACACCUAUUGUCAUUGGUGCGGCACACAUUACCAAGAUGUGGAUGAUAUGGACUCAAAUUGCCCGGGUACAACAAAAGAUGAGCAUUAAAACCAAAAAACAAUGUCUAAUGACGUUCAAAAAGUCAAUGUGAUGUAAUAAAAAUGCAACAAAUUUCAUUUUAAAUAUAUCGCGUUUAAUUACUACA